AUGCCUUCAAAUAAUAAACGUUCAAGACAAGAACAUCAAGCAGGUAAUGAUGAUGAACAAGAAAAAUUACAAGUAAUUCAUCCAGAUGAAUCGUUAAUGAAUAAAGCAAAAAAAACCAAAUCAUCCGAUAAACGAUUAAUUGUUGUUCUUGAACAAGCAAAUUUAGAAACAAUUAAAAUUGGUAAAGUUUAUGAAUUACUUAAUUGUGAUCGACAUAAAAAUCAUCUUUUAAAAUAUAAACGUGAUCCAAAUUCAAAUGCAAGACCUGAUAUAACACAUCAAUGUUUAUUAAUGUUACUUGAUUCACCAUUGAAUCGAGCUGGAUUACUUCAAGUUUAUAUUCAUACACAUAAAGGAAUAUUAAUUGAAGUUAAUCCUCAAACUCGUAUUCCACGAACAUUUGAUCGAUUUGCUGGUUUAAUGGUUCAACUUCUUCAUAAAUUAUCAAUUCGAUCUCAAGAUACUGUUCAAGGUGGUAUUAAAUUACUUAAAGUUAUUAAAAAUCCUAUAACUGAUCAUUUUCCUGUUGGUUGUAAGAAGAUUUCUACAUCAUUUAGUUUAACAUCAUCAAAUCUUGUUAAUAUUCGUGAUUAUGUUCAAAAUCAAUGUGGUGAUAUUGAUCAACCAGUUGUUUUUGUUAUUGGUGCGAUGGCAAAAGGAAGUGUUAAUGUUGAUUACAAUGAAGAUGCAAUAUCAAUAUCAUCUUAUCCACUUUCAGCUGCAUUAACUUGUUCUAAAGUUUGUGCUGCAUUUGAAGAAAGAUGGGAUGUUCUUUAG